AGUCACCCCUGGGAAACGGUGACGACGGCCGCCAUGCAGAAGUACCCCAACCCCAUGAACCCCAGCGUGGUGGGGGUUGACGUCCUGGACAGACACGUGGACCCUGGCGGGAAGCUGCACAGCCACAGGCUCCUCAGCACCGAGUGGGGAAUCCCCUCCAUUGUGAAAUCGCUCAUUGGCACGUGCAGAACAAGGACGUACGUUCAGGAGCACUCUGUUGUUGACCCGGUGAAAAAAACAAUGGAGCUUAGAUCCAGUAAUAUUUCAUUUACAAACCUAGUGUCAGUAGACGAGAGGCUUGUCUAUAAACCGCACCCUCACGAACCAGACAAAACCAUUUUGACACAAGAAGCAAUAAUAUCUGUAAAAGGUGUCAGUCUCAGCAGUUACCUAGAAGGGCUAAUGGCAAAUACAAUUUCCUCCAAUGCUAAUAAAGGCCGCGAAGCAUUGGAAUGGGUAAUUAAUAGACUGAAUGCUGAAAUUGAGGAGUUUGCAGCUUCAGAGAGGAACCAUGAGGAAUUCAAUGGCAGCAGCAGCAUUUGUAGAGAAAUGAUAGUAAAUAUACCGGUACUACUAACAAGGUUUAACAAUCUGAAGCUUCUCUCUGGACCUAAAUACAUGUAUCCUUUGUUAUUUAAAGGCAUACCUGUGUAAGUAUAAAAUUUAAUUUGGAGAAAAGCUGAAUUGUUCCUAAUGAGACUGAUGCGCGAAGCCUAGUUAAUAUAUUGGUUCAGCUGCACCGAAUUUCGGUUACAGAUGAAGAAAUAAUUUUCAAGUAUAGUUCCUGUAUUUACAUGAACACUAACUUAUAAUGUUUUCAGAUAUGAAAUAGCCUCAUUUAGUGAUGAGGCUGCAUACGGUGGAGCAGACUGGCAUGUUAGGUUAACUUCUGUGGAAUUUUUAUUUUUGUGUGACUUAUGGACUACCUCUU